GUCAUACAUAAGUGCGGAGGUAUGAUAAAGGCCGCAAACUGCAGAUUGCCUCUUGUUGGUAAGCGACAAAACCUCUCAGCACACCUCUCCGCACCCCAGGCUACAGAAUGCGCAUCUUAUGUCUGCAUGGAGCCGGCACAAACUCUCGCAUAUUCGAGAUCCAGAUAGCUGCCUUGCGAUAUGAGCUCGGAGAUAACCACGAUUAUGAUUUUGUGGAAGGAACAAUCCCCUGGAAAAUGUACCCAGGAGUCGAAAGGAUAGCUUUGAAGGACGAACCUGUAUAUGCCUUUUUCGAUCCUGAAAACCCCGACACAGGCCGACAGGCAUUCGCCCAUCUGCAAAACUACCUCAGGGAUGAGGGCCCAUACGACGGCGUAAUUGCCUUCAGCCAAGCGGCCACAAUGGUCUUAACAUAUCUUGUUUACAUCGCCGAGCAAAGAACAAUGGGCAUAUCCAUCGACACGCCCUUCAAAUUCGCGGUCUUGAUGUCAAUUGUCCAACCGCCGAUUGACUAUGGGGCUCUUGAGAAUGGGACUGUAGAGGAUGCCUCUCUAGAACGCCUAAAGGGAAUAGUAGAUAGUCCCACUGCCCAUAUAUGGGGAGCGCUGGAUGUGGAGCCCAAAGGGGCUGCAAAAGCAAGCGAAUUCUGCAGAGAAGAUGUGCGGUGGACCUAUGUCCAUGAGCGAGGCCAUGAGGUCCCGGGAUAUGGGUCGCGUGUUGAUGUGACCCGAGCGGUGAAUGUCAUUCGCAGAGCUGUAGAAUCGGCAACCUAAUAUCUAUUGGUUGAAUCGAGAAUCAAGUCCAGAAAGUUCCGGGGUGAAAGGCAGAUUGUAAAUACCCCUCCGUGUCUAUUUACCUGCGUUGUUAGAGGGAUAUACACUGUAUAACCGAGGCUUCAGGCAUUCGGGAUGUGGUACUAGAAAAGAUGAGGGUGUGGAAAGCAAG